AUGCCACUGCGACACUCACCGCGGGCGUCCCCGUCCCGACAGACAGCGAGCGCGCACGAGUCCUUGCCGAAAGCGACCAUUAGUCGCAGCGCGAGUAUAACCAGCGUAGCGACAAGUGAUAAUGACUCAUCUACAAUGGAAGGAGCCGUGCGUAAGCGCAAACGAAGCGACGAAGGGAUAAGGGAGCUUAGAGAGGAAAUUACGCAAAUGUUUACUUCGUGGAAAACUGAACAAGAUAAAAAAAUGGCCGUAAUCCUCAAUACAGUAAAUGAUAUAAAGGCUCAAAAUAAAGAUAUACAAACAUCUAUUGAACUUAUGUCCAAAAAUUAUGACGAGAUAUUACAAAGAAUCAAUAAAUUGGAAAUUGAACGAGACAAUAGUCUAAAGUACAUAAAAAUCUUGGAAAAUAAAAUCGAAAUAAUAGAAAGAGGACAAAAUUGUUCACGAAUUGAGCUGCGUGGCAUCCCUAGGAAGGAUGCAGAGACCAAAAGUGACCUUAUUAUGCAUUUGCAACAUUUGGGUGAGGUUCUUGAAGUAUCCGUGCAGUCAAACGAAAUACGCGAUGUUUACCGCCUCAAUACGAAGUCAGAGACGCUUUAUAAACCAAUAAUAGUGGAAUUCCACAGUGUCAUGAAGAAAGAAGACAUCCUUAAGUCACUUAAAACAUUUAAUAGGGAAAACAAAGAAAAAAUUAAUACUACCAAGCUGCAGAUUGAUGGCCCCCCGGCACCAGUUUUCAUUUCCGAAUGCCUGACCCCACAAACAAGAAAACUCUUUGCAUCUGCACGGAAGUUUGCAAAAGAUAAUUGCUAUCGUUACUGCUGGACGUCGUUUGGAAGAAUAUACUUACGUAAAUCUGAGGGAGACAAACUCAUACGUGUAGACUCCGAUCAUGACCUGGACAAGUUAAAGUGA